AUGCAUCGCACAUACUCUAUGAGACAAUCGCGGGCUCCAACUGCCUCGCAACUUCAAAACCCUCCUCCACCACCAUCGAGCACAAAAUCAGGAAAGUUCUUCGGCAGAAGCGGUAUCGGCCAUGCUAUGCGACUUAGAACACACUCUGCGCUCAACACCAGGGGCCCAGAGCUUUCUAAAAAGCUCGGUCAACUUGUGAAGAUGGAGAAGAAUGUUAUGCGCAGUAUGGAACUUGUCGGUAGAGAGAGAAUGGAGGUAGCACAACAACUUUCCAUUUGGGGUGAGGCGUGCGAUGAAGAUGUGUCAGAUGUCACCGAUAAGCUUGGUGUAUUGCUUUACGAGAUUGGUGAACUUGAGGAUCAAUAUGUUGAUCGUUAUGACCAAUAUCGUGUUACCAUCAAGAGCAUCAGAAACAUCGAAGCUUCUGUUCAACCCAGCAGAGAUCGCAAGCAAAAGAUUACCGACCAAAUUGCUCAACUCAAAUACAAGGAGCCUGAAUCUCCAAGAAUUGUCGUUCUUGAGCAGGAACUCGUCCGUGCUGAGGCUGAAUCUCUUGUAGCUGAAGCUCAACUUUCCAACAUCACCCGUGAGAAGCUCAAGGCUGCCUACACCUACCAAUUCGAUGCUCUGCGCGAGCAUUGCGAGAAGGUUGCUAUCAUCGCUGGUUACGGAAAGCAUCUUUUGGAGCUUGUUGAUGAUACCCCUGUCACUCCAGGUGAGACCCGCGAAGCAUAUGAUGGAUAUGAGGCUAGCAAGGCUAUCAUUCAAGAUUGCGAAGAUUCUCUCACCAACUGGGUUAACUCCAACGCUGCCGUCUCUUCCAACCUCUCCACCCGUGCCCGCACUUUGUCUCAACGUAGACGAAACAACAUUCAACGUAACUCUCAAGGUCAUGACCUCACUGGUCAAGACCAACCCUUGAACGAUAACGAGUCUGGUCUUUGGGUACCAGCUGCCGUUCACAAGGGUGGUGACGAUUACGAGGAUGAGGAAGAAGAAGAGAUCGCUCACUCCCAUCAAGGCAGCGUCACCAAUGGCGAACAAAGAGGUCGUCAAGAAGAGCUCGCAUAA